ACAGGGAGGAAUCCAUCCGUUCGUUCGUCCGUCCGCCUGCUCGCUAGCACUAGCAGCGCUGUUAAGGCUGCGGCUUCCUUUCCUGCUGGGGUCAGCUUGCAGGGGUUGGUUGUUUCUUGUUCCGUUUUUUUUUUAUCCACUCGUCUUAAAAAGGGAGUUUUUGAGCGAGAAGCAGUGAAGCACUAGCUCCACCACCAUCGUCAUCAUCUUGGUACGUGCCAUGUCGCGUUCGCGCACGGUGCGGAUCUUCUGGGACGACCCCGACUUGACGGACUCGUCCGGCGAGGACGAGGGGUGCGGCGGCCGGAGGGUGGGAAGCAUGGUGCGCGAGCUGCCGCCUGCCCCGGCGCCGGUGGUGCAGGCAGGUUUUGCUCCUGCUCCUGCCGCUGCUGCUCCUUUGCCGGAGCAGUGCAGCGGUGGGGACGGUGAGCUGGGAAGAAGGGUUGUCGGCGGAUGUUCUGCGGGGCGAAGGAGGUUGACGAAGGGUGGGGCGGGCGCGCCGAGCACCAAGUUCCGAGGCGUCAGGCGGAGGCCGUGGGGCAAGUUCGCGGCGGAGAUCCGCGACCCUUGGCGCGGCGUGCGCGUCUGGCUCGGCACCUUCGACACUGCCGAGGAGGCCGCGCGCGUGUACGACAACGCAGCCAUCCAGCUGCGCGGCCCCAGCGCGACGACCAACUUCUCCACCUCCACCAACUCCGCGGGUGCACAAGAUCCGGCUGCGGUUGGCUACGAGUCCGGCGCGGAGUCCUCGCCGGCGGUGUCGUCCCCGACGUCCGUGCUCCGCAAGGUCCCGUCCCUGUCCUCCCUGGCCGAGGACAAGGACGACUACGAGGCUGGCCCGUGCGAACCUGCAGCCGUCGGUUCCGGCCUCACUGUCCUCGAGGAGCUCGGCGAGCUCGUGCCGUUUGAGGACGCGCCGGUCUACGGCAGCAGUAGCUUCUGGGACUUCGAGCCCGAGCGGGGCUUCCUCUACGCGGAGCCAUCGUCGCCUGAGACGCCGUGGAACGCCGGUGCUACGUCCUCCGGCGCGCCUUGGGCCUCACCGGUGCAGGAGAACGACUACUUCCAGGACUUGCGCGACCUGUUCCCGCUCAACCCGCUUCCCGCAAUUUUCUAAAAACGGGAACGGCUGCUUCAACCACGGAACUGCUUUUUUUGGUGUUGAGUAUUCGUGCCCUAUGUGUGUACUUCCUGUACGUGCUCCUCUUCUGUGUCUGCUUUGUGUCGAGUCGAUGAGAAAUGUAUUGUCCCGAUCGAGCGUAGAGUUUUUUUCGAAUGAUAUACUACUAGUACGUGCUGCUGC